UCGGGCGGUGACGUGUCGGCGUGCGCACGUGGCGUACCGCCGCAUUCGACCGGCGCGUGCUGCACGUGCCUCGUGCCUAGUGCCGCGUGCCGCGUGCCCGCGCGCUUCCAGGGAGGAACACGAGCGCUUCGACCUGCCUACCUCUGUGGGGCCGCGGGCAGGGGGCGCUGAGCGGCGACAUGCGGCUGUCCUGGGCCGCGCUGGCAGCGGGACCCCGCCGCGCCAUGCAGCAGGCAGAGCCCUUGCCCGAGCCGGAGCAGGACGAGUCAGAGCUGGACGAGUCCGAGCUACGGCGGGAGCUGCUCAACGACAAAUGGCGCCAGCUAUUUGACAAGUACGACCCGGAGGGGUUCGGCGAGAUCCCGUGGGACGACUUCCUGGCCGUGCUGCACAACCCCGACUUCCUGGCCGAGCUGGAGCCCAACAAGAGAGACGUGUUGCUGCAGCGCGCCAGGGAGCGAGCCACCUCCGCCAUCACCUUCCAGGACUUCGUGAACGUGAUGACGGGUAAGCGCAGCCGCAGCUUCAAAUGCGCGGUGCACCACCGGGACGGAGAGGUGUGCAGCGAGAACGACUUCCACGUGCUGGCGCGGGAGCCGCCCGCCUUCCGCAGGAUGGUGCGCAUCAUCGCAGACGAGUUCCUCACGGAGGAGCGGGACCGCAAGUACUACGCCGACCAGUACUCCUGCUGUCCGCCGCCGCUCUUCAUCCUGCUGGUCACGCUCAUGGAGCUGGCCUUCUUCACGUACUACACGGUGGCGACGGGCGAGGUGAACCCCUCGGGGCCCGUGCCCAUCGACAGUGUGUUCAUCUACCGGCCCGACAAGCGCCUGCAGGUGUGGCGCUUCCUCUUCUACAUGGUGCUGCACGCGGGGUGGCUGCACCUGCUGUUCAACCUGCUGGUGCAAGUGUUGGUAGGCCUGCCCUUGGAGAUGGUGCACGGCUCCCUGAGGAUAGGCGCCGUCUACAUGGCGGGCGUCCUGGCGGGCUCGCUGGGGACGUCUGUGUUCGACACGGACGUGUACCUGGUGGGGGCGUCGGGCGGAGUCUACGCUCUGCUGGCUGCACAUCUUGCCAACGUGCUCCUGAACUACAAUAAUAUGGAGUUUGGCAUCGUCAGACUGAUCGGGAUAUUUGUCGUGGCGAGUGCGGACGUGGGCUUCGCGGUCUACGACAGGUACGCGGCGGAGGCGAUGGGACCGCCCGUCUCGUACGUGGCGCACCUGACGGGCGCGCUGGCCGGCCUCACGAUAGGCCUCCUGGUGCUCAAGAACUUCGAGCAGAAGCUGCACGAGCAGCUGAUAUGGUGGGUGGCGCUGGGCGUGUACGCCGCCUGCACCGUCUUCGCCAUCCUCUUCAACGUCUUCAACCCCAGCUACGCAUGAGCGGCGCUCCCGACGGUGACGUUCCUGCCCGCGAGACGCGCGACCGAACACUCGUCUCUCCGGCACCGCCCUCAGCCCCGGCUACGCACGAGACGCCCCGUGUUCUUGCCCGCGAGCCACGAAACUAGCGCUCCUGCUCCUGCACUGUUUCCACCUCCCCUCUUCAACAACUUUACCGUUCUCUACAUUAAGGGACAAGGUUAUAUGGUGAAUUGCAAUAAUCCCGAAAUAACACCGCAGAGCAUGUCGAUUCACACCACGCAACUAAACAUGGAAUAAAUAUCAGCAAUUUGACUAUAAACCUAACUCAGAUUACAAAAACCAUAACAUUUCAUUGUAGUGAUUAAUUUAGCACAGUGUUUGUACCGAAAUGUACAAACUUAAUGGAUUGGAAAAAAUGUAAUAUUACAUUGUUUGAUCCUUGCAUCUCAUAUUAGAAUCACCCUUUUUAUGUUAAUGAUGUUGGCACAUUUUUCCCUCACAUUAUAAUUUGCAUAUAUUUUUUGUCUUAGAUAUGUUCUUACAAAUUAUAUUAUUGUAUCUUUAGAUAGUCCAUGUAUUAAAAAAAAAAACACCAUAAUGCUCCAGUUUUAAAAUUGAAAUUGACAUAAAAAUAAAACCAUAAAUUCUUGUCUCUAUCUACAUUACAUCACUCCUAAGGCUUUUGAGCAAUGAACUGUUAGAAAAGACAUUCCCGAUACUCUUGCCUCAGUUAUCUUCAGUAGCAAAAGCCUAAUCAUUAUCUUCAACUAUCUUUUUAUUUUCUUAUUUGCCUAUCUCUUCAAGUGAACUACCCAUGAGGCAAUCUAGCAGGCGAUCGAUUCAGGUAUUAUUUUUUUCGAUAUUUUGCAGGCAGGAUACAAAAUUGUGUUGUACUGCUGUGCUUUACGACUCCGAACAUAGAAGAACUUUAGGGAUUGAAUAUCAAUUCAAAUGCAGUCAAAGGUUGUGCAAUAUUCUGUGUGGUAGUGUUUGUAACUGACUGCUGUUGUUGCACCCAGACUUGUACGUUGUGCAGCAACUGCAGAGUGCAAGGUGAUGUGUGUCAGGCCGUAUGACAGCUGUGUGGCCAACACAGAUGAAGACUGAAUACUGAUUACGUAGAUGAAGAACAGCAAUUGUUAAUCUAGGAAAAUAAAACUCUUAGAAAAUGAACCAGGUAAACACUUAGUUCUCACAAAUUGAAAGGUUCAUUUGUAUAACAUUCUAAAUAAUGUUUGUUUAGAAGUAAACUCUCUUCUCACUUCAGUUAUUAAAGUUUUCUAAUAUUUAAUGUUAAAACUAAGUGUGAAUGUGUUUGAAUUUAAUGUUCACGUACUCGUGUUGAAUGGACUAAAUGAAUGUUGGUGAUUUUUGAUGCUAGUCAAAACAUGACAAAAACAAAUUUAUAAAAAAAAUACAAAAAAAAUUUCAUGACUGAAUAUACUUUAGAGCCAUGUAUGUUAAAUGGACUCUAGCAAACAGGAACAUAGUUCUUAGUUUUAUUUAACUUUUGUUAUUUAUUUAAUAUAAUUAUGAUGGUAAUACUACUUAUCAUAUACUUGUACUCCUAAUAUGUUUCAAAUGAUAAAUAAUUUAUUAAUUAAGUCUAGGCCUAAGUAUUGUAUCUAUCUCUUACAAUUAGUGGGGGUUUAUUUUUUUUGUACCAAAGAAAUUUUUUUACACACAGCACAUUAUAUUAUUUAUUAAUAUGUAAAAUAUGGUUAAAAAGCGGGAUCUUAUAACUUCAAAGGUUACAACCUAAAUGCAGUAAAACCCUGUUGAGAUGUUUUUCAAGGGAUUUCGCUCUACAAACUUUGUAGCUGAGAAAACAACUGGGAAAAUUGCCAAGUUUCAGUCAUGGUUGCCAUGUUGAUUUUUUCAUAUUUUCGUAGAUACUUUUAUGUAAGGGCCAUUUCUAAAAUUUUAUUCAAUACCUCCCUGAUAUUCAUUGUUUGCCACGAAUAUUAUCGACAGAUGUUCACUUAGAGUAUAUUCAUGGGUGUAAAAAGUCGCGCUAGUCUUCGUAAUUGUCAUAAUUUACAUGUCUUUUUACAAUCCUGAUUGUACACUAAGUGAAUACAUGUUUAAAAUAUUUGUGACAGGAAAACAAAUGCAAAGGAGGUAUUGAGUUUUAAAUUUUAGAAAUACCAACCCUUAAAUAUAAGUAAUGAAAUUUUAAAAAAAUUGGCACGGCCCGAGGGACGUGGCCUUGAGAUGCUAGAAUCAUGUUCCACACUCGAGAAUCUGCACUCGCGCUUUUGUAGGUAAUGUCGUCAGCCUGUGUUUUUUAAACUGUUAGAACCAGCCACUGGUGCUUGAAAAUCAAUAUCAGAUCCAGCCCCACUCUGCUGGACUAUUUAUCUUGUAAGGAUGUUGUACAGUGGGAUAUUUUGUGCCAGCUCGUGCUAAAAACCACUCGAGAAGAGUUGGAUGACCUGGCCGCGGGUGGACUCUGAGCUGUCAAUGGUGCAACCUUAAAUAUGCUCCAGUUCCUUUGAGCCGGUUUCAGGCCCCAUUCUCCAUUCUGUGUUGCCGCGCUCUAUUGUGAUUCUCGGGAUAGCAGGAGCUAGUCCCGGCUCUGCGAGACCUCCUCGCUCAAGUCUUCUUCUGAAGAUUGAAAGGUGGAUGUGAAUGUUUGGACGCUCUUGUCUUGCAUGCUGUGAUGAUUUUUUUGACGUGACGUCUAACAAAUCAAUGAACGCCGGCUGCACGCACGAAAAAGUGUCCCGUAACACUCAUUGUGCCACUACGGAUGUCCCACUACGGAUGUGUCCUGUUAUGCUCAUUGUACGCAUGCGUGGCAUCUCUCUUCCACUCGAUUGGAACAACAAUCGAUUUGACUUUCAAUAAUAUUUUCGUUGUUUGAAUUAUUAAUAUCAUAUAAUUUAACGAUCGUCCACCGAUUUGCAGCCGACAAUAUAUUUUUAAUUUCCUGCCUACCAUUAUAAGAAAUAAAUAUGGCGGACUACAUACGUUUUUAAAACUCGCACAACACAAAACAAAAUUUUUAUAUAUAUAUAUAUAUAUAUAUAUAUAUAUAUAUAUAUAUAUAUAUAUAUAUAUAUAUAUAUAUAUAUAUAUAUAUAUAUAUAUAUAUAAACAUUUGAAACAAUUAUUUUCAAUAUGGCCUCGUGGCCUUGCGGUUAGCAUUGCUGGUUGAUGGUUCAAAUCCCAGCCGCUGCAAAAACAAAUUUUUGUACUUGUAAAAAUAAAUACGGCCCUCGCGACACUUCAAAAGUAAUAAAUAUACUUGAAUUAAUGAAUGCAAAUAAAUGUAAAUUUAUUAAUUAAAUUGUACAUUUCAUUUCACUCCUUCUUUGUAUCCAUACGAAAUAGUGAUAAUUCAAUAAAAAUGAUUCAAUUUUAUUCAUAAAAGUAUGCAGAUGUAGAUUUUAUCAUACAAAAGAUAUAAAAAAUUUUAAAAAAAAUUUAUUCCUCAAAGAAUAUAAUAUUUUUAAUGCCUAAAUGAUUUGGUUGCAAAAACCUAUUACGGCUCAGUCUCACCCCGAAUAUGAUAUUUCCUUUUCUUCUGAAUCAAUAAUUUCAUCGAAGUUUUGUUAUGACGUUGUCACGUUGAACUAUCGUCCGUAAACCAACUUUACAGACAAACAAUUUUUUUUUGGAGUUUUUUUUUGUCAUUACUUUUUUUAAAGGACUAAAUCUAAAAUUUCAAUUCAAUACCUUCCUUGCAUUUGUUCUCGGACAAAACAGAUGUUCACUUAUUGUAAUGCCAUGCAUGUAAAAAGUGACGCAAGUGAUGAUAAUUGCGAAGACUUGCGUGUUCUUUGCACGUAUGAUUCUACACUAGCUGAAGAUCUGUUUAAAUUUAUUUGUGGCAGAACGAGUGCAAGGGAGAUAUUAAGAUUUUAGAAAUAGCUCUUAAAAGGCCACUCCAGUGUUUCAGGGGCACUACACAACCCGCGUUAACCUCAUAAGAUUCAAUGCUAUUUUCAUUUUGCUUAUAACUAAUUAACUAAUUUAGAUUUCGAAAUGAUGCUUGCUUGAUAUGUAAGAAAACGAUGCUCUUAUCAAAGCCCAUUCUUCAAAAACGAGCGUAAAUUAUGGUUUUAUACUGAUCUUUACUAAUAUGCAUAAGUGUAUUGUCUAGGUUUGAACCAUAAUUUAUGCACGUUUUUGAAGAAAGGGGCUUUGAUAAGAGCAUCGUUGUCUUACAUAUCAAGCAAGCAUCAUUUCGAAAUCUAUAUUAGUUAAUUAGUUAAAAACAAAAUGAAAAUAACAUUGAAUGUUAUGAGGUUAACGCAGGUUGCGUAGUGCCCCUGAAACACUGGAGUGGCCUCUUAAAGGAAACAAAGAAAAAAACACAAAUCAAGAUGGUUUGCAAGACAGAGCCAUAGUAACUACAAUUCAGAGCAGUGACACGACAACGUGGAUGGGGCCGCUCGGGAGACUCACCUGAGCCUGGUCCGUCCCACCGACCCCCGAGGGAAGGUCGACCGGCAACCGCACGGCACGAAGGUUGUGCCAUCGAACAGCAGGCAAAAGGUCCGUUCGUCACGCUCGCACACCUGUACACAUGAUCACAGACUUAUCGCGUAGGAAGUGAGUCAGUUUGUUGUCAUUGUUGAGGAGUGUUACGUACACUACGGCUCUCAGGGAGUAGGGUAUCCACAGGAACUCUCGGUAGGAGACCUCUUAUGCCGAACAUGGCAACUAGUGUGUCGACUACAACUUGAACGUACCGUUAAGCCUUUGAUGCGACGACACGUCGGACAUUGGCUGCAAAAGCCCUUUGUCUAGAGGUUCAAUGCCAUGUUUUGUUUAAAAAUUACGUAAGGUAGUGUUUAUCAUUUUUUUUUUUUUUUAAACUUUAAAUGUUUUUGUUUUUUUAACAUUAACUGGAUAUGGUGGUCGCAACUAGAAGAGCAUUAUUUGUAAAUAAAAGCUUACGAAUCGUAAAAAAGUAGACUAAAAAAUCAACAGCAUAAAGUGCAAGCAGAGUAAAAGAAAUUUUAUCGCCUGACAACACUGAAUUCUGCCAUCAUCGAGACGCAAAGACAUUUUACGUCGAGCAACAAACUCCGUCUUCGAAUGACAAAGAAAUCUAAGCUAGGGAGGUGUGAAGACACGGAGCAGCCACUGCUUGAUUCAGAGCUGGCUCAAAGUAUCCCAGCGAAUGGCACCCUCGUAAAAAAUGUUGAGUAGGUUGGAGUUCAAACACAGGUACGGCAUUGGUUACUAAAGUGUAAAUGGUAAAUUUGCGAGUGAAAUUAGGUGAUCAUAGCAUUUUAAACAACAUCCAUUAAAAACUUCUCAGCUAAAAAGUCUUCAAGUUGUAACCUUAAAAAUGAUACAUUCAAUUGUGUUUUAAAGAAUUUGUAUAAUGUCCACAUUUGUAUGGAAUAACAUCUAUAACAGUAAGAUAUCACUUGAAUUAAGCACAGUGACAUUAGCACACUGCCCUUAAAGUAAUAAUUAGAAUAUAAAUUAAACUGUUAAGUUUUUCCAUUUAUUUUUACAUGAAAGUUUGUUCCCUUUCUUUUGUAAACUACGCUGUAGAAAUUUUUAAACUGAUCCAUUCAACUAUUUGGUGCUUAAAAUUAAAUUCUAAUUUCAACUCGUAACAGUGCAACUGUAAGAGUAAUUUUUUCAUGAAAAAUUUAUAGAAAAAAAUAGCUUAACAGAAAUAUAAAUUUUAUCAUUGCUGCUUCAAAGUAUAAUUUACAAAUAAAACUAAUUAAUAUAAGAGCUAAUGUUAAUUUUAUUUAACAGACCAUGACAUUUUACAAGAUAAAAAAUAAGUGUGAUUUAAAAUUUAAGCUUAUUAUACUAUAAAAAAAAUUCUGCUGGCAAUGGAUUCAAAUUAAGAACUGUACUACUUUUAUUUUUGCAUUAGUAUCAUUAGUGAAAUAUUUAUUAGUGACCUUUAAGUUUUGCCACGUAUCAUUUUGAUAAACACCACACGUUAUCCAUCGGAAUGUACAUUUUUUCAGCAGCAGAUAACCAAAGAUGUGAAACUUUAGUGGUGUGGUUCAAGUGUAAGUAAACUGCCAGAGUUAGCGCCAGGAGUAUGGUUGCAAUUGUCUGACAGUUAGGUUUGCUUGAAUUGGUGAAUCUGUGUGAAUAUCUGUAAAAUGUACAUAUAAAUAUACUUUACCCAUGUAUCUUUUUAUACCUGUUUUGUUACACAAAUUGCUCAUUACCUCAAUAAACUGUUUAUUAAUUUAUUAUCUGAUCACAAAGGUGGUAGUCAUCCCAGGAGUGCUGCUACUUGCAUUGAAGUUUGUUUUGAGCUGUUUUUGACAGUGGCCAAUUCAGUGGUAUCAAGUUAACCUACUGGCAAGCAAUAUAACUAUGCCAAAUGUUCAUAAUAGGAAGUAAGCAUUAGGUACUUUCAUUCCUCACAUUAAUGUGCCACUUGCAAGAAAAAAUUUGCAUGCAAAUUCCUAUGUUACAGUACGUAGAUGCAUCAACACUCAAAAAUAACUGUGGCAUUAUACUUUUUAAUGAGUAAUUAAUAAAACUUUGAAAUAAAAAAAAAAUUAGUUACCUACAAAUUUUAAAUUAAAAUAACUAUGGUAAUAUGAAAAAUUAUAAUUUUUUUUUUAAUGUAUGUCAUUGAUUUGUUGUAUGUCAUAGAGAAAACUUAAUGGACACAAAAAAAAAUGUGAAUUCACACACAAAAAACUAGCCAAUAUCAGACGAUGUCAAAAGUUAAAUUCCAUGAUAGCAUUGAGAUUCCCAUGGAAGAAAUUGGUCAAGAAAAAUUAUCACAGCACAGAUGAACACAAUAUGUUUUCUAAGUUGCUACAUUUUGGGAAAUGACAUCUGAUCCAUCAUCAUGCACAAACAUGGACUUUUUUGACUUUUCCUGCAUGUGUGUUCAUCUUUUUUUUGUCCAUUGAGAUUUCUCUUGACAUUGUGUAAACCACUGGCAUGGUCCAAAGAUAAAGUUUUAAAUCUGUCUUCCCCAUGCAAGAAUCAUUCAAAGAAUGUAUGAAAUAUUAUCGUUAAUAUUUUUAAAAUGUGGAUACCUAUUUUUUUUUUUUUUUCGCAUAACUGGAAGAGUAUUAUGAUAAGGAAUUUUAAAAAUUAUACCCCCAACACAAGUGUUAGUAUUUCAUCGGGCAUGUAAUACGCAUGCAUGUUAAAUACCACAGUUGUAGUCACUCCUGCGUUUGUUGUUAUGGACUAAACGUGAAAUGUAAAAUGAUGUUCCUUGGAUGACUUCACCUUAUGAAGGUUAUAGUGUGUCUUGCCUUGCAAUUCCAGAUUGUAUUGUUACAGAAGGCAAGAAUGUUGCUAAUUUUGACCGAACUUGUACUGCCAAUAUGUUAAUUCAAAGAAGAAAAAUGCUCACAUUACGUCACAACCACGGAAGCUAGUGUUCACAUUACUACAAAAGGAUAAAAUCUAGAACAUACUAAGCCUUAAUAAAAUAGUAAUAUAAAUAUGUACCAUGGUUUGAGAUUCAUUUUCCAUUCCUCUACUUUACCUAUCUUCACUCUCAAAAGUUGUGCUUUGGGCACGCACGCACGCACGCACGCACGCACGCACUAUUAUUGACCAAUUUUAAACUGCUACAAACUAUUUACUGUUGACAAGAGAAGAAACUGUAGCAUAAGGUUGAUUCUACUUGUGUUUAGGAAGAAAACUGUUUCUAAUGGGACAGUUUAACACAGGUAAAAUGUUGGCUACUAUAGGUGCGCGGUUGUUCCGUCCAAGUGACAUUUUCUCGCAAACGAAAGAAUAGUGGAUAUGAGUACCAUCACAAGAAAAAAUGUUAUAUCUUUACUAAGAAUAUAUAAAUGUGCUGUUCAUAUUUGUUUUCAUAUAAAUGAAUAAUGGAUAAAUUAACUAGUUUUAACUUCUAGCUAAUUAUUGAGCUCUGAAUCACCACAUUAGGCUCUAAAGUAACCACUUGCUUGGCCAAGUUAAGGUCCCUGAAUAGUUUUGAGAUUUGGGGUCAAAAUUUAUGCACUUAAAUUCAGUCCUGAUAUUUUAGCACCAUUUCACAUAACCUAAAUAGUUUAGUUGGUACCAUUUUGAACACGCCUUUAAAUCUUAAUAUUUAUAGCUACAUACUUAACCUACAUCGAAAUAGGCAGCAAGAUGCAAGUUGGUUAUUUCAAUUGAUAAUUACCGGUAAAAAUGCUAAGCCUAAAAAUGACACAAUUUUGUACACAACAAACAAAUGCUGAUUUUGAAAGAGAAGGAUCAUCAAUGGUGUUUGGUAGCGAAAAAGUCUAUCUUCCCAACCCGUAGUAUAAUCUCAGCAUAAGUAAUGCAUGUAGGAAGGAGCAACUAGAGCUAAAAUAACAUUUUUUUUGUACAUGGAAAAAA